AUGAUCGAUCGAAUAGUUGCACUUCGCCUAUCAGAUGAUCACGAUACUCCGCAUCAAAUUGGUCUAUUCUUCUCGCACGGUUUCACUCUACAUCAAUUUGCUCAUUUACAAUCAUUAACACUCUAUGAUGUUCAAUCGAACGAAACAAUUCGUCGUAUUCUUCUGCAAUGUUAUCUUCUUGUUAAUAAAGUUAGUGAAUGUAGUAAUCUUACAGUAACAUCGAUAGCUGAAACAAAAGCGUAUAAAUAUUUUGAUCUCUGUAAAGAAAUUAUAUUCCGUUUUAUUCCUAUGUGUAUUCUUGUAUGUGUACAUUGUCUUUUAUUAUCAACUUUACGUACUGCUUGUAAAAAAUUAAAAACACAAAGAAAAUCUUCCGAAUCAAUAAUAUUAGCUUCACCAACAGUCCGUCUUCAAUCAAUAACAAUGAUUUUGAUGUAA